CUUCUAGUAGAAACACUUCAUGGGCGCAGGCGACCGAAAGGGGGUAAACACAAUUUGUUUGUGUGUUUAUUACAAAAAAAGUGUAUCCUAUAUAUUUUGGGGGGUAUUUGAGGAGUAACAGAAGCGGCGAUUGUUCCUGAACUAUUGAAAGCUAAAUCUGUAUAACCUGGACCUCAGAAAGCCAGAAAGAUAAGAGGGCCUAUCAAAUAUGUCCUCCUCCCAGUCGUCUUCAAGGCGGCAGUGGUGCUGUUACCUUUGCGAUUUGCCUAAGAUGCCAUGGGCUAUGAUCUGGGACUUUAGCGAGACUGUCUGCCGAGGCUGUGUGAAUUAUGAAGGGGCAGACCGUAUUGAAUUCCUCAUAGAGACGGCCAGGCAUUUGAAAAUAACUCAUGGUAUGCAGGGUGACAGGUCCCCGGGUCCACAGCCCACCAAACAUGGCCCAGGUGGAAGAGAUGGACCUAUGGAGGGUGGUAGGCCACCUCCUGAACGCUUUGAAAGGGGUAGAGGGGACUACGGAGCCCCAGCACGGCUCCCCAACGGUCUGCACAGAAUCGAUGAUGGGGGCCCACAACAAGAUGUCAGUGGACAGAGCCCUAACAACGCCAGACGACCCAUGGUGUGUACCGUUCCACCCAAUUUAAUGACACAAGGCCUUGUGGGGGCUCCGCACGGGUUGCUAGCAGCUGUGCCCGGUUUAAAUACCAGAGUCGGGGGAACCCCCCUCACCCUCUCUGCCCCCAUGCUGAACGAGAUCACCAAGAGGCAGCUGAGCAUGGGCAUGGGUGUGGCCUCCUUCCUGAGCCCUGAGUUUGAGAAGGAGCUGAGGGAGAAGCAGAGGAACGCAGAGGCUCUGGCCGAGCUGUCAGAGAGUGUACGGAACCGAGCAGAUGACUGGGCCGGCCGACCCAAGGCUGUACGAGGGGCCCUGCUCACCCUCUCCGGCUGCACCCCCUUCAACGUGCGCUUCAAGAAGGACCACAGCCUGGUGGGGCGGAUCUUUGCCUUCGAUGCCAAGCUGACGCUGGACUUUGAGCUGAAAAUCUUUGCAGAGUACCCUUGCGGCUCGGGGUAUAUGUUCUCCAGCUUGGCGGCGCUGGUCAAGCAGAUGUUCCACGACAGCCAGAAAGACUCUGGGAACAAGGUGAUCAACUUGGGCCUGAAGUAUGUGGAGUACGAGAAAAGGCAUGGCGCGGGGGACUGGCGACUGCUCUCUGAGCUACUGAGUGAUUCGGUACGAGCCUUUAAGGACACCCCCGGCCCUGACGUUCUCCCCCAGCCCUACCUGGACACCAGCUGCUCCAUGCUGCCCACAGCGCUGUGUCACAUGGCCCGCUCGGCACCACCAGCCCGCCUGCGCCGGAGGAAGGCUUCCCCAGAGCUCCAGGGUGGAGAGGUAGUGACCACAGAAGAGCAGCUCCGGCAGCACUGGCCAAUGGGGAUGUACCCGGGCAUGGCUAUCCACCUAGCUGCCUCCUCCCUACCCAGCACUAGCCAGCCACCUCCUCACCAGGAGGGCUCGGCCUCCCACUCCCACAGCAGCGACCCCUCCCCCAUCACAGCACUGAUGAACGUGGCUGACAACGCGGGUGCAGCCGCUGGUCAGUCACCCAGAGAAGCCCCUAGCAGCAGCAGCAGCAGUAGUGGUGGUGGAGGCCUGGGCCACUCCUCCUUGGCAGUGAGACAAAGCAGCAGCAGCCCCAUGGCAGCCUGCCCUGCAGGGCAGCAGCGCCACCUGGCCUCCAGGAACGGGGAACCCCAGGGAGCUAGCAACUCUACAGGGGGCACCACGGCAGCUCUCCCCCUGGCUGGGGCCUCGGACCAGGGAGCAGGGGACCCCUCCGGCUCCUCUGGUCCCCCUCUCUGCUGCACCAUCUGCCAUGAGCGCUUGGAGGAUACUCACUUUGUCCAGUGCCCGUCUGUUGCGGCCCAUAAAUUCUGCUUCCCUUGCACCAGAGACUUUAUCCGGAGCCAGGGGGCCGGCAGCGAGAUGUUUUGCCCCAGUGGAGAGAGGUGUCCCCUGGUAGGCUCCAACGUGCCCUGGGCCUUCAUGCAGGGAGAGGUCACUACCAUCCUGGCUGGAGACGUCAAGGUGAAGAAGGAGCGCGACCCCUAAAUCCUCUGGGACACCUGACUGCUGUUGAUGCCUGAGUGGAGCAGCAGCCUGGUGCCUGCAGAUAACGACAAUCUCAACAGGUUCUCGCCACUUCACAGCCAAUCACCACGACAAUCCACCAGGUUUCCCCACCCCACAGCCAAUCACCACGGCAAUCCACCAGGUUUUCCCCACCUCACAGCUAACCAACAUGACAAUCCACCAGAUUCUCCCCACCUCGCAGCCAAUCAUCAUACACCUCUACCUCCAUGGGGCAGGCCUUACACUACCACACCACUGUCUGGUUGGAUAGAGGGUGACCAUACCCCCAGCCCUUGCUCACCUCUAAUACCUAAUUCACCCCUUUGUCCCUCAAACAUCAACUUAUUAGUAUUAGUCACUGACUUUAUAAACCAGUGGACCAUGGUUGGGAAGUAUGCACUUCAUCUAGGGCUUCCGAGUGGCGCAGCGGUCUAAGGCACUGCAUCUCAGUGCUAGAGGCGUCACUACAAACCCUGGUUCGAUUCCAGGCUGUAUCACAACCGGCCGAUUGGGAGUCCCAUAGGGCGGCGCACAAUUGGCCCAGCGUCGUCCGGGUUUGGCCAGGGUAGGCCGUCAUUGUAAAAUAAGAAUUUGUUCUUAACUGACUUGCCUAGUUAAAUAAAGGUUAAAUCAAAUAAAUCUGUCCUGUUUAUAGUUGAUUUUAGGUCUGUUUUCUGUUUCGUGGAACAUCUUUCUAAUAGAUCUCUGAGUGGCAUUGAGAAAGACUGAUGACUUCCCUAAACCUUCCAGCAACGUAUAGACUUGGACUGUUCCUCUUGUGACCGUUUUUUGGGAGUUUGUUUUGCGUCACAUUUGCCCUUUAUGUAAAACUGACUUUUUACUGUUACGGAGCUAUUUGUUUGCUCUUUGCUGAAACCUCAAACCAGCAGUUAAUGUAUGUCGCCAUCGAUUUCUAAGACAGAAACGGGGACUUUCAGUGCUACGCGAUACAAUAAGAUGGCUUUCACAGUGCCCAACAAAGAUGCUUUAUCCAGCAUGUAAGAAGUGGGAUGGAUACCUCUCUAUUUUAUACUGAAUGUAAGACGAUCUCUCUCGAUGGUAAUAGAUGUGCAAUCUAUAGUUUUGAUACAAUACUGCUUGUGUAGCCUAUACACGUGCGUAGAAACCAAAGAUAGAUUCAUGUUAAAGUAGAUUUACAGUGCCUAUAGAAAUUCUACACCCCCUUGAACUUUCUUCACAUUUUGUUGUGUUACAAAGUAGGAUUGAAAUAGAUUUCAUUGUAAAAAUGGAUCAACACAAAAUAGUCCGUAAUGUCAAAGUGAAAAGAACAUUUUGAAAAUGUUUUACAAAUGAAAUAACAAAAAUAAUUAUUCACUGUUAUUCAAUGUUGCAUAAUUAUUCAGCUCCUUUAUUUAGGCGAGUCUAAAUUAGUUCGGAAGCUUGACAUAGGCAAAGACUGGGGAGGUUUUCAGGAUGAAAAGAAACGGGAUGGAGCUAAACCUGCUUGAGGAAAACCUGCUUCAGUCUGCUUGUACACCAGACACUGGGAGAGAAAUUCACCUUUCAGAAGGACAAUAACCUACAACACAAAGUCAAAUCUAAACUGGAGUUGUUAACCAAGAAGACAGUGAAUGUUCCUGAGUGGCCAAUUUGCAGUUUUGACUUAAAUCUGCUUGAAAAUCUAUGGCAAGACUUGAAAAUGGCUGUCUAGCCAUGAUCCCAAACACCUUGACAGAGCUUGAAGAAUUUUGAAAAGAAUAAUGGGCAAAUAUUCCACAAUACAUGUGUGCAAAGCUCUUUUGAGACUUACUCAAGAGACUCAUAAUCGCUGCCAAAGGUGAUUCUAACAUGCAUUGACUCAGGGGGGUGAAUACUUAACCAAUCGAGGUAUAUUAGUGUUUGAUUUUGAAUUUGUCUUAAAAAUAAUAAUAAUAAUAAUGUACUUUGACAUUAUAUUACAGUAUUUUGUGUAGAUUGUUGAAAAAAAAAAAGUGAAUCCAACUGUGUAAUGUAACAAAAUGUGAAAACAAAGUUCAAGGGGGUUGUAGACUUUCUGUAAUCUUACUAUUUUUGUGUUAAAUUACUUUAUUUCAAUAUGUGCCAGGGAAAUAGUGGGUGAAAUGGUUCUUGUUAUGAUAGUUAUAGGUUAUCUGUUAACUGAAGUUGUAGAGGGUGUAGAGAUUAAACUAAUAUUGUGUACUUUAUGAUGUUUAAUUUAAAGGAAUUUACUCUAUGUAAAGUCAAAGGUUUUUUUUCUAUAUUGACUGAGAUUCAAGUUUUUCACGUGAUCCUCUUGAUUAUUUUUUAAAAAGUUCUAUAAAAUCCCUGUUUUAUGCUCUGUUUUACCAAUGAAUUUAACUCUUUGAAUUGUUUGAAAGAUAAUAUAUACAUGUAUAUCAAAAUACCUCUCUGUCAGGUUUUCCUUAACCUUUUAUGUUCGUCACCAAAAUUAAUAUAUUAAUUGAAUUAUCAAUUUGCAAAGCUGGUGCCAAUCAAUACCUUACCAUGUGCAUGUGUAAAUAUGAAAUUGAAUGAGGACAAGACAUCAAGCCAUUGCUGAUCACAUUGGCAUGAAUGUAUACUGUACACUAGUAGCUGUAUCUGAAAGUGUAUGUAGUACUAAAAUUAGGCCUCUUAGUUAUCUAAAAUAUGGUAAGUCAAAUGUAGCCCUCACAACAAAAAAUGAAUUUCCUACAAAAGCACUAUGUUCAUCCAACUUUCCUCAAGUGAUUGGGAGUCCCAUAGGGCAGCGCACAAUUGGCCCAGUGUUGGCCCGAGGUAGGCCGUCAUUGUAAAUAAGAAUUUGUUCAUAACUGACUUGCCUAGCUAAAUUAAAAAAUACAUUUUAAAAAGGUGCAUUUAAUGACAUCCUCUGUCUGAAAGCACUUGUAAAAAAUAUUUUUACAAAUCAUACAAAAUAGGAGUAUUUUGUAUUUGGCCCCUAAAUUAGUAAAGAUUGAUUGUCUUGCCUUUCUAUUAUUAUGGUCCUGUCUGCCAUGGACUCCUGUUGAGUUGCUUAUCUCAACACAGUUCAAGGUUAAAGCUUGUAUAUUCCAACUCUAUUUCUACUUGACACUAGCCUAUUUCUGCCCUUAUUUUUUUUGUUAUUUAAAAAAAAGAAUCCCUUAACUGACAAGGUAAAAAAUCUGUCGUUCUGCCCCUGAACGAGGCAGUUAACGCACUGUUCCUAGGCUGUCAUUGUAAAUGAGAAUUUGUUCUUAACGGACUUGUCUAGUUAAAUAAAACCCUGAAUGUCGGCUAUAGGACUGGGUGUCCCUUUUUAAUUGUUCAUGCAACUUUCAGUUUCAUUUCAUAUACAGUACUAGUCAAACGUUUGGACAGACCUGCUCAUUCAUGGUUUUUCCUUUAUUUGACUAUUUUCUACAUUGUAGACUAAUAGUGAAGACAUCAAAACUGAAAUAACACAUGGAAUCAUGUAGUAACCAAAAAAGUGUUAAACAAAUCAAAAUAUAUUUGAGAUUCUUCAAAGUAGUCACCCUUUGCCUUGACAGCUUUGCACACUUGGCAUUCUUUCAUUCAGCUUCAUGGGGUAAUCUCUUGGAAUGCAUUUCAAUUAACAGGUGUGCCUUGUUAAAAGUUAAUUUGUGGAAUUUCUUUACUUCUUAAUAUGUUUGAGCCUAUCAGUUGUGUUGUGAGGAUAAGUUCAUUAGAGUUACCAUCCUCUCAACAUCAACUGUUCAGAGGAGACUGGGUGAAUCAGGCCUUCAUGGUCAAAUUGCUGCUCAAGGACACCAAUAAGAAGAGACUUGCUAGGGCCAAGAAACAAGAGCAAUGGACAUUUGACCAGUGUAAAUCUGUCCUUUGGUCUAAAUUAGCAAUUUUUGGUUCCAACCGCCAUGUCUUUGUGAGACGCAGAGUAGUUGAACAGAUGAUCUCUGCAUGUGUGGUUCCCACUGUGAAGCAUGGAGGAGGAGAUGAGAUGGUGUGGGGGUGCUUUGCUGGUGACACUGUCUGUGAUUUAUUUAGAAUUCUAGGCACACUUAGCUAGCAUGGCUACCAGAGCAUUCUGCAGUGAUACGCCAUCCCAUCUGGUUUGCGCUUAGUAGGACUAUCAUUUGUUUUUCAACAGGACAAUGACCCAAAACACACCUCCAGGCUGUGUAAGGGCUAUUUGACCAAGAAGGAGAGUGAUGGAGGGCGGCAUCAGAUUACCUGGUUUCCACCCAACCUCAACCCAAUUGAGAUGGUUUGGUAUGAGUUGGACUGCAGCGUGAAGGAAAAGCAGCUAACAAGUGCUCAGCAUAUGUGGAAACUCCAAGACUGUUGGAAAAGCAUUCCAGGUGAUUACCUCAUACAGCUGGUUGAGAGAAUGCCAAGAGUGUGCAAAGCUGUCAAGGCAAAGGGGAGCUACUUUGAAAAAUCUCAAUUUUUGUACAUUUAUUUGUUUAACACUUUUUUUGGUUACUACAUGAUUCCAUGUGUUCAUAGUUUUGAUGUCUUCACUAGUAUUCUACAAUUUAGAAAGCAUUUUUUUUUUAUAAAGAGAAACCCUUGAAUGAGUAGGUGUGUCAACUUUUGACUGGUACUGUAUAUAUUGUUUUUCUUCAUUGGGUGUAAAUGUCACUUUUGAUUUGUUAUUUUUCAUGAAGCUUCUACGUAAUUGACGACAAAUUUGAAGCAUAAAUAAAAUUAAAAUAUAAAUACUGCCACGGUUUUAUACUGUGUAGCAAAGGUA